UCGUCACUCUCUCACUCAAGCUCACCUCUCUCAUCUCUCGUCUCCGGUCUUCCACUGAAGCUCGUCGUCGCUUUCUGUCUCUUCACCGCCUCAUAGUAAGCGCGCGUCUUCCCUGCGCUCGUCAUCGGCGGCGGCAGAAGCAGAAGGUCCCGGGGCUGGUCAUCGUCAUCGCUCUUUGUCUCUUCACCGUCUCGCACUCAGUCGGGCGCCUUCCAUGCGCUCGUCGCCGGCGGCGGCAGAAGCAGCACGUCCCGGGGUUGGUCGUCGUUGUCGUCUUCUUGUUUCGAGCCUCACCAUCAGCUUCCUCCUCGCCGGCAGCAGCUGGUCCCCGAGUUGGAUUGCAAUUGGUUCCUUUUUAUUUUUUAAAAUGGUUUUUGCCUACGCAAAUGCCCUGAAAAUUGAUCAGUAGCUCAAUACACACUGCAAAAUUCAGAUAAGUAAAAAUGCUGGGGAAGGUUUUAGCAUCAUCACUAGCUCUAGCUAAAGUUCAAUUGCGCAAGAAUCUCUACUCUAAGUCUUUGCUUCUCACUGUCAGACCUUUCCUCUCCAGUAGUUCCUUACUUCGCAAAACAAGCUUGAACUAUGUUAUAUAUACAGUUUGUGGCCAGCAACCGACUUUUCGCCACUAUGAUGUAAAAGCACAUCCUUUCUUGGGAGUCACAAGCUUUCAUUCAGGUCCACAUCUCAAGAAUAAUGAUAAGGCCAUAGAACCACGCCAGGAUUCUGAAAAAUCCUCAAAUGCUGAUGGUUCUGGUAAUGCCCAAGUAAAGAGAAAAAAACUGAAGGGGAAAAGAGCAGUUGUAAGAUGGCUAAAGUUCUUUAGAUAUAAGAAGAAGAAGGAGUAUGAGAGGAUGACAACUGAGGAAAAACUGUUAUAUAAAUUGUUAAAGGCUCGGAAAAAGGAAGAGAGACUCUUAGAAGCCUUGAAGAAGAUUGAGCCUGCAGAAUCAUCAGAAGCGACCCAUGAUCCUGAGAUAUUGACGCCAGAAGAGCAUUUCUUCUUCUUAAAGAUGGGUCUCAAAUGCAAAAAUUAUGUGCCUGUUGGAAGACGAGGAAUUUACCAAGGUGUGAUUUUGAACAUGCAUCUGCAUUGGAAAAAGCAUCAGACUUUGAAGGUGGUGGUGAAGACAUUUUCGCCAGAGGAGGUCAAGGAGAUUGCAAAAGAGCUGGCAAGACUGACUGGAGGGAUAGUACUUGACAUUCAUGAAGAUAACACAAUAAUAAUGUAUAGAGGGAAAAAUUAUGCUCAGCCACCAACAGAGAUUAUGUCUCCACGUAUCACUCUUUCAAGGAAGAAGGCACUGGAUAAAUCCAAAUAUAGAGAUGGCCUUAGAGCUGUGCGGAGAUAUAUUCCUCGACUUGAGCAAGAACUUGAAAUUCUUCGAGCACAACUAAGCAGCACAACUGAAAGUAACAUAGAUGCCAUUGAGGAACUCCAUAAAGGUGGCAAGGAGAGGAUUGAGUCUGAUAGAACUGUUUCUAAAUUUUUCCAGCAAGAGAACUCAGAUAAACUUGAUCAAAUGAUAAAUGAUAAGAUUGAGUUCCCAGAUGAGGAUGAGACUGGUGCUGACUCGGAUUUGGAUUCAGAUCUUGAAAAUUUAUCGGAUAUCUUUGAGACAGAUUCAGAUACAGAUAAUCUAGUGAAGGAUGAAAAGCCUCUCUAUUUGGAUGAGUUUGAUAAUUUAACAGAUCAAAGUGAUGGAGAAACAGAUGUCUUUGAGGACCAUCUUAGACAGAUAUCCUUGGAUUCAAAAAGUACAGACAAGGAUGUUGACUCACCCAAGUUUGAUGAAGUUGACAAGAUCUUUCUGCAGGCUGCAUCGUUUUUAAAGAAAAGACGAAAAUGAAAUAUUUUACCAAGGAAGUAUAAUUUUGUAAUGUUUUAGUGUUCUUAUUUCUUCCAGGUGGAGGGAAAGGGUGUUAUCAUUGAUAUGAUACGAGCAAGAGUUAGAUAAUAAUCAUUCAUUGGGCAGAAAUUCUUUUUCUGUUUUUUUUUUUUUUUUCUAAAUUCCGAACAAAUUGAUAGACAAGAUAUCUUCUAAUGUUCUUCGAACCCAUUAAAAAAACAGCUGGAUAUGGUUUAUAUCAUAUGUCCCAAACAGAUUUCUCCAUAGUUGAAUCUCCAUGUGGAAUGUGAUGCUGAAAGUGAUUAAUAAGUGGUAACCUCUGUUGGCUUAA